AGGCGCCGGCACCGCCGAGGGAACGAGGCGCUUUCUUCCCGGCCGGUGGCGGCGGGGCGGCACCGGAGCCAGGAGGACCGAGGGAAGGAGCGGCGGAGAAGCAUCCCGGCGCGGGCUGUCCCGUCCGCGCCCGGCUCCGUGCUGCCGCCGGCCCGGGCCAUGGGCCGGCCCGACUGAGACCCGCGGACCGUCCGGCAGCCCGGCCGGUGCCGCCCGGAGCGCCGAGGCGGGGCCGCACCGCGCGGGGAAGAUGCGCUCGGCGGCGCGGACAGCCGGGCUCCUCCUGCUCUGCGGGGUGGCCUUGGGUCUCUACUUCCCCAGGAAGGAGUACUUGGAGAAUGUCUACAUUGAGGAGCCAGCGGGAAUGCCGCUCCUGCGCAUCCAUGCCCUGAGGGAUUCACAUGAGGAAGUGGCCCACUUUCAUCUGUGCCAGCAUCUCAUCGUUCCUCGAGCAAGACCACAAGAAAAUAAUUGGUUCCAAAUCAGAGAAAAAACAGGACUUCUCUACCUCAGCAAAAGUCUGGAUAGAGAGGACUUUAACAUGUUGUCUGUAGGAAGUUGGAUGCCAUUAUCCAAGGUGAUGCUGUAUGUAUCUGUAUCCCACCCUUUCCAAGAGAAGGAUUGUGACUCCGCUACACGCACCACGGUUUUCCUCUCUUUGAUCAAUGCCACCGCACCAGCCUGCAGUUCUCUGACAGCAAGGCAGCUUUGCUUCACAGAAAUGGAUCUCUCCUUUCACAUCAAGGAGAAUAAACCACCUGGUACAUUUCAUCAACUCCAGUUACCCUCAGUUCAUCAUCUGUGUCAGAAUAUCAGCAUUUCCUACAAAUUGCUUGCAGCUGAAGGAGUUCCCUUUCGGUACAACGAGAACACCACCAGCGUGCGGGUGACACAGCGCCUGGAUCGGGAGGAGAGGGAGCGCUACGAGCUCAUUGCCAAGUGCACCGUCAGAGAGGGAUUCAGGGAAAUGCAGGUUGAGGUGCCUUUCCUGGUGAACGUGCUGGAUGAAGAUGACUCUCCUCCCUUCCUUCCCAAUGGCACUGAUACAGCAGAUGCUGUCGUGGAGUUCAACAGGAAAGAGGGCACUGUUCUUUCCACGCUGACUGUGUACGAUGCAGACACCACACCCAUUUAUCCCCUUGAAAGCAGCAGAAAGAAAUACACAGGAACCAUCAUUACUGACGAUCCCUGGAUAAGUGAAACAUUUCGUGUAGAGCACAUCUUUGAUGAAAUCCACUUCAGCCCAAAUGGCAGCCAAGUGAGGGGAACUCGGCACGAGUACAAACUGGUACUGAAUAAAAGCAUUUCAGUCACAGAGCAUCGUUCCUUCCAGCUGGAUGUUUUGGUGAAUGACACAGAAUUUCAUGGCCCAGAAAGAUCGGUGAUGCUUCACUUCAAUGUCUCCAUCCUCCCUGUCAGCAUUCAGUUUUCAAACAUAACUUACCAGUUCACAGUGAACAGAAAUGCUGAACGUUUUGCACAGGUAGGAAAGAUCUGCAUUGAAAACUGCAUGAAAUUCCGUGGUGUAAACAUCACCUACAGGUUGCUGUCCCCCAACUCGAGCUGCUUUCCUGUCAGCAUUCUGCAAGGCCGAGAGGACAAAUUUGGGAGCCUCUAUGUGAACGAUUCCUCUGUGCUGCUCAGACCUGAAUGCAAGGAAAUACAAUACACUGUUCAAGCUACAGACAAGCAGAGCAGGAAACACACCAAAACCCUCCUCACUGUUGUCCUGGAAGGGAUUCUUUUAAAAAAAGAAGAGGACUGCCCUGACUCUUGUGCUGUAAGUAAGCACCGUGCUGAAUGUGAAGAGUGUGGUGGCCUGGGAGUGCUAACAGGAAGAUGCCAGUGGAGACAGGGGAGUGGGAAAGGGAUCACCACAAACUACUCCACGUGCACCCCGAGCAUCAGGACUUGUCCGGAUGGCAUCUGUGACGUGGUGGAGAGCAGAGACCCAGCUGUGUGUCCCCAAGACUGCACAAGUGGAAACAUUAUUGGUGGCCAUGGGAAGGGCAUUGGAAAUCUUGGAAUUAAAUCAGGACAUGGGAUUUGUUACUGCUUCCCAAGACAGAACUGUUAUUGUGAGAAAGAUGAUAUCAAAGAGCAACUGUGCGAUGACUUGUGCAAGACUGUGAUCACGGGGGCAGUGCUGCUGUGCUUCGUCAUCUCUGUGCUGGUUUCCUUCUACUGCAUCCACCGGUACCACAAGAACGCCCCGAAGCCGCCCAUCGCCUCCGCGGAAAUGACGUUCCGGCGCCCCGUGCAGCCCUACCCCAUCAGCUACUCCUCCAGCAACGUCCGCCGGCCUUCCCUGGACUCCAUGGAGAACCAGGUGUCUGUGGACACCUUCAAAAUACCAGAAGAUCCAAAGUGGGAAUUCCCUCGGAAGAACUUAGUUCUGGGCAAGACUCUCGGAGAAGGAGAAUUUGGAAAGGUUGUCAAGGCGACAGCGUUCCGACUUAAGGGAAGGGCUGGCUAUACCACUGUGGCAGUGAAAAUGUUGAAAGAAAAUGCUUCCCAGAGUGAGCUGCGAGAUCUCCUGUCAGAGUUCAACCUUCUGAAACAAGUCAACCAUCCUCAUGUCAUCAAACUUUAUGGAGCCUGCAGUCAAGAUGGCCCACUGUAUUUAAUUGUGGAAUACGCCAAAUACGGCUCUUUGCGCAGUUUCCUCAGGGAAAGUCGAAAAGUAGGCCCGAGCUACGUGGGCAGUGAUGGCAACAGAAAUUCCAGUUAUUUGGAUAACCCUGAUGAGAGAGCCUUAACGAUGGGAGACCUGAUAUCGUUUGCAUGGCAGAUAUCCCGAGGGAUGCAGUACCUUGCAGAAAUGAAGCUUGUGCAUCGGGAUUUAGCAGCCAGGAACGUGCUGGUGGCAGAAGGGCGCAAAAUGAAGAUUUCUGAUUUCGGCCUCUCGCGUGAUGUAUAUGAAGAAGACUCCUAUGUAAAGAGGAGCAAGGGUCGAAUCCCUGUGAAAUGGAUGGCCAUAGAGUCACUAUUUGACCAUAUCUACACAACACAAAGUGAUGUAUGGUCAUUUGGAGUUCUGCUAUGGGAGAUUGUUACUUUAGGAGGCAAUCCUUACCCAGGUAUUGCUCCUGAAAGACUUUUUAACCUCCUAAAAACAGGCUAUAGAAUGGAGAGGCCAGAAAACUGCAGUGAAGAAAUGUACAGCCUCAUGUUGCGCUGUUGGAAGCAAGAAGCUGAUAAAAGACCAACAUUUACUGAGAUCAGCAAGGAAUUAGAGAAAAUGAUGGUGAAGAGUAGGGACUACUUAGACCUUGCAGCUUCCACGCCCUCUGAUUCCUUACUGUACGAUGAUGGGCUCUCAGAAGAGGAGACACCUCUCGUGGACUGUAAUAAUGCUCCCCUCCCUCGAACCCUCCCUUCCACAUGGAUUGAAAACAAACUCUAUGGUAGAAUUUCACAUGCAUUUACUAGAUUCUAGCAACACACAAAAAAAGCUGAUUUUUCUUCUGCACUGUUCUCAGACUCUGUAACCCCAUUACAGUGUUUCUUGUCUGAAUGAAGCCAAUCAAAAUUUGCUUGGAAGCUUUUUUGGGGUUUUUUGUUUGUUUGUUUGUUUGUUUUUUAUUUUGGUAAAUGUCAAAGUUUGCAUCAGGAUCCAUCCUUUAGUCAUUUUGCAGCUGUGUCUAAAAUAAACAUUUUAAAAGGAUGUGAAAAUAAGUAAAAUGACUAGAUAUCGUACAGUAAAAGCAAAAAAAAAAAGAUCAGGGAAGUAUUCUCAGGGGAAACAUAAAAUACUAAUGAGUAUCUAAUUCAACUAUCCUGUUGGGGAGGCUACAACAUUUCAAAUAUGUUAGAUUCUGCACCUCUAAUUUAAGCAAUAGACUUUUUUUUUAAUACUGUUUUUUGCUAUAACUCGGUGAUAAGACUCAUCUGCAACAUUUUUCAUUUAUUCAGAAGGAUGUCUAAAUUUCAGCUGCUAUUAGUACAUUUUGGAUCUAUAAGCUGAAAUGUAUUUAAUGUAUCAUAGUAUGAAAACAGAUUAUUAUAUACAGAAGGUAGAAGUACUGUAUAUAAAUAUUAUAUACAGACUAAACUGACAUGUAAAAUCCUUUGAAAACUUAAUUAACAAUGGGCAUUUUGAAAAUAUCAUCUGUUUUCACGUCCUUUGAUUUGUUAUGAACAUGUUAGUACUAAACCUCGACUCAAUGAUGUAGCAAGUGUUUUUAAAAAGAACAUACGCUUUCAUAUUGUGAUGGUGAGAUGGACAGUAAAAAUGGUUCUUGCCAAAACUCCUAUAUUUUGUCUUCUGAUUAAAUAUUCUACAUGGUUUUAGAUACUUACUAACAUCACAGAUACUUUUUUCAUUCUUCAAGCAGUAUGACUUUUGAAAAGUUGGAUCUUUUAGUUUAAAAGUUGCCAUUAAUACAUGGCUUUGGGUCUAUUUUUGAUCUAUACCUUAGCUAUUAUUUUCUUCAUUAGGUUUUCUCAACUCAUGUUGAUUUUGGGGCACUUAGUGAAGUAGCAUAAAAAAGUUGCCACAAGGUUGAUGUCAGAUGCUGAAUGCUUAAUAAGCAACAGAAUCAGAUUUCUGUGUUUGAAAAUCUCAACCCUGCUAUGAUUCUGUGUUUGCACAGCUGAAUCAACAUGGUGCUAAGCACUCUGCAUCCAUUUUGGUUAUCACUUGUGCCUAAACACAGAAACAGUUACUGCACUCUAUGCAAAUAAUUACAGGCCUGAAAUGCAACUUUAAAUGCUGAAUCAAGACAGGAGUGCUCAGCAUUUUGUUGGACUUUACUCAGUUGCCCUCCUGGGGUUUCCUGAAAUUAAGCAGGGAUCCCUAGUGGGGGUGUGAAAAUGUCCCCAGAACCUCACUGAAGCCAAAGGAAAAUCAUCCAUUUAAAUAAAUGGAAAUAUUCUGUCAUUAAAAUGGACUUUGGAUCCUGUCCCAAAUGGGUUUAUUAAUUCUUGGAGCAUCUCCUGUACAGCAAGAACUUUCUCUUGCAAAGCAAUAUAUUGCUACAUGAGUGUUAAAAUAUAAAAUUAUGGAAAAUUGGAGGCUUAUGAGAAGAACAAUUCUUAGCUUUUUAUUAUGCACAUGUGCAUGCAUGCACAAAAUUUUUUAUUGAGUAAGCACUUUAAUUUAUCCAGGUUUUUGCCUGCAUCUGAAUUUCUGCUUCAGGGAUUUCAAACUUCAUUUAUGUGAAUUGAUUUGGGACAAAAUCCAGUGGGCUGGCUUAAAGUAUUGAAGGGAGUUUUGCCAAGGGCCUUACUGUCUGCACAUGAAGUUAUGGUUCUUCAGUGCAGAAAAAAUUAUCUGUUUUCAUUUUUAGGCAUGUCAUACCCGAACUGGCCUGAGGAGAGUCCCGUUCCACUCACAAGAUUCGAUGGCACUAACUCUGUGUUUUCAAGAUAUGCAAAUGAUAGUGUAUAUGCUAACUGGAUGGUUUCACACUCAGCGGCAAAGUUUAUGGACAAGUUUGAUAGCUAAAAUUUUCUUUGUGAAAGGUAAUGGGCUCCUGAGGAAAGCAAGGAGGCAAAGAGUGGGAAGUCCAUUGACUUGUUCUUUGUACAAUCGACAACUAACUUUCAAAUUGGCAAAUCCCUUUAUUGGUAGUUUUUCAAGUGUGUUAUUUAUGCUGAAGACUAUAACUGGUACUCUCCUCUUUCAGAAAACAUAUCAAGCUGGAUAAGAGUUGUAGUUCUGGUACUUCUUUCUAAGUUGCCAGUUUGCAUAUGGUUCCAUUUGGCAACUUCUUAGUGCAAAUGGCCUUGUACUUCAUCCUCAGUGGUUUUUAGACUAACCAUCCUGUGUUACAGUGUUCUGGGAUGAUAAAACGUACUUGAACUGCUACUUUUAUAGUGGCUGUUAGCAUACAACCACUCGAUCUAAGCAGGAAGCACAAAAACUAUAUAGAAGGGAGGAGGGUAUCAGGCACCCAGAUGACUGAACUUGCUAUCAAAUUACAAGUGUUAGAAUGAUGUUGGCACUAACAAAGCCAAUAUAUUAGUUUGGAAGAAAACAUUUAGUAACUCAAUAGAGGACUUGAGAUUCAACAUUUGAAGUCUUGUAAAAUGUAUUGUCUUGUCUUAAUGAGAAGAGAAUUUGUUUUAUUAGUCUUAACUUCUCUUACCUUUAGCACAAUGGAGAUAAAUUUGAUACAAGAUAAACUGUAUAGACUGAUGGCAAUCAAGAAUGUUCAUCUGACACAUUUACUUUCCAUCACUUUCCAUAUUAGUAAUGUUAAAACAUACAGUCAUACAAUCAUAGUUUAUUCUAUGAGUUAAAAAUAGGCUAUACAGGAUUUUUAGACUGAAUUCAUAGAAGAGUAACAUCAUAGAAUGGUUUGUGUGGAAGGGGACUUGAAGGUGAUCUAGUUCAACUCCCUGCCCCACUGGCCCACUCCUCUGCUGUGGGGAGGGACACCUUCCACUAAACCAGGUUGCUCAAAUUCUCAUCCAACCUGGACUGGAACACUGCCAGGGAUGUGGCAUCCACAAUUUCUCUGGGCAGCCUGUUCCAGUGCCUCACACCUUCACAGUAAAGAACUUAUUUUUAAUAUCUAACCUAAACCUGCCUUCUUUCAGUUUAAAACCAUUUUCCUAUCCUAACAUUAAAUGCCCCGAUAAAAAACUCCAUGUCCAGUUUUUCUGUAGCUCCCUUUAUGUACUUAAAGGCUGCUUUAAGGUCUCCCCAGAGCCUUCUCUUCUCCAGGCUGAGCAGCCAAAACUCUCUCAGCCUGUCUUUAUAGGAGAUGUGUUUAGCCCUCUGACAGUCUUUGUGACCCUUGUCUGGACUCGCUCUAACAGGUCCAUGAAGUCCUUUUGCUGGGAAUGCCAGAGUUGAUGCAGCUCUCUGGGUUGGGUCUCAGAAGAAUAAAGGAGGAGAAAGCCGUCCUUGACCUGCUCCCCACACUGCUUUUGAUGUAGCCUGGGAUACAGCUGGCUUGUUGGGUUGUAAAAAUGUAUUUCCUGGUCAUAUUGAGCAUCUCAUCAAUCAAUACUCCCUAGUCCUUUUCCCCAGGGCUGCUCUCAAUCCAUUCUCCAGCCAUCGUGUCUUUGUGCUUGGGAUUGCCAUGACCAAGGUGCAGGACCUUGUCUUGCCUUGUUGGACUUGCUGAGGUUUGUGUGGGCCCACUCUCAAGCCUUUCUAAGUCCCUGUAGAUGACAUCCUUUCUCUCAUUGUGGCAGCUGCACCACACAGCUUGGUGUCAUCGAAAAACUUGCUGAGGGUGCCCUCGAUCUGCUGUCAAUGCUGACUGAGGUGUCAAACAGUGCCAGUACUGACCCCUGUGGAACAGCACUCAUUCACUGGUCUCCACUUGGAUGUUGAACUGUUGACAGCAACUCUGAGCGUGACCAUCCAGCCAAUUCCUUAUCCACCAUAUGGUCCGUCCAUCAAAUCCAUGCCUCUCCAGUUGUAAGUCAAGGAUGUAAGAUAUGUAAGACAGUGUCAAAUGCUCUUCACAAGUCCAGGUAGAUGGCAUCAAUCACUCUUCUCUUACCCACCAGCACUGUAAUCCUGUCAUAGAAGGAUGUUUGUAGUGUUUGCCCUUAGUGAUGCCAUGUGGACUGUCACCAAUCACCUUAUUUUCCAUAUUUUGUCAUCAGGUUCCAUGGACUUGUGGACCCUCAGGUUCCUUAGCUGGUUCAGAACCUGAUCUUCCCCUAUGGUGGGUGGUUCUUUAUUCUUAUAGUCCCUGCCUUUGCCACCUCAGCAAAAGGGUUCCUGCAAACUUGGGCCUCAGUGGCUGAACAACUGGCUGGUGAAGACUGAGGCAAAAAUGUACUCAAUGGCAUUGACUACCUCAGCCUUCUCCAUGCCACAGGUAACCAUGUCUCUCAUUUCAUUCUGGAGAGGUCUCACAUUUUCACUGAUGUACCUGUAGAAGAUUUAUUUUGUUGCCCCGAUGUCCCUGGCCAGAUAGAAUUUUAUCAGGGCUUUAGCUUCCUAACCUGGUUGCUUGUACAAUUGCUCUGUAUUCCUCUUGGCCUAUCUGUCCUUGCUUUCAUUCUUUUUCUGUGGGGGAAGCAUAGGCUUCCUUUUCGUGUUUGAGUUUGUCUAGGAGUUCCUUGUUCAUCCAUUUGGGUCUCCUGACAUUUUUGCCUGGCUUCCUCUUUGUUGCAUCGGUUUUGACCUUACAAGAGGUGAUCCUUGACUAUUAACCAGCUUUCUUGGGUCACUCUUCCUUUCAGGGCUUUAUCCCAUACUCUACCCAGAAGAUCUCUGAAGAGGCCAAGGUGUGCCUUCCUGAUGUCCAGGUUAGUGAGCUUGCAGUGUGCCACCUUGCUGGCCUGAGGAUAUUGAAGUCCAUCAUUUCAUGAUCCCUGCAGCUAAGGCUGCCCUUGAGAUUCACAGCCUUUCCUUAUUGGAAAGAACAAGGUCCAGCAUAGCAACUCUCCUCGUUUACUCCUCUGUCACUUGGAGAAGAAUCUCAUGCCCUGCUGUGUUGUCCCUCCAAUGGAUAUUGGGAUAGUUGAAGUUCCCCAGGAGGACCAGGGCUUGUGAAUAUCAGGCAGCACCUCUGCCUGUAGAGGGUCUCAUCUGCUUGGCUCUCAUCUCCUGCUUGGGUGGCCUUAGACUCCCACUAUAACAUCUUGUCCUUGCCCUCCCUUUAAUCCUCAGCCAUAAACUCCUCAUCCAACCCCAAUACAGCUCCAAACACUCCAUGUGGUCAUGGACCUAGCGGGCAACACCACUUUUUCCUGUUCCCUGCCUGUCCUUCCUAAAGGGCCUGUGUCCUUCCACUCCAACUCUCCAGUGAUAGGAGCCAUCCUACCACAUACCCGAUGCCAGUAAGCUCAUAGCCCUGCAGGUGUGCACAGUCUCCUGCUACUUUUGUUUAUCCCCGAGCAUUUGCAUAAAGGCCUUUAAGUUGGGCCUCUGAUGGAGCAGAUUUACUAGCAGGAAUGGCUGGAAUUCCCUUGCACAGCACUUCAGCUUCUCUCUUGCUGAUUUGCAAUCCCUCUCCAGGCUCUGGGCGUCCCUUGCUGAUACUGGUAUCAGAGUAGGACUGGAAUGGACUGAGGAUUCCCUCUCUUAGCAACUUCAGUGUCAGUCUUCACCAGCUUGGCAAGCCUGCGACCAGAGAUGCUCUGGCUGUUCCUGGCAGGUGAGUCCCCAUCAGACUCCACCAGGCCAGGAGGUUUCAACAUGAGUCCCCAGAAGCAGCCAGAUCCCUGGCUGUGGCACUAGACCCCUAACCAUUUGCUGAUUUGCCAGAUUCACCUGGCCCUUUCACAGUCCUUCCCUUUGACAGGGAGGACUGAUGAAAAAGCUGCCAGCACUUGAGUUCCUCAGCACCACUCCCAGGGAUCUGCAAUGUCCUUGGUUCUCCUCAGGGCACUCCUGGCUGUAUCCCUGGUGCGCACGUGAAACAACAGCAGCAAAUGUCAGGAGACUGUAGGAGGCUCUGGGUGACAUGCCUGCUGCAGCUCUCUGGUAAUCAGUCAGGUUGAUGAGUGGGUUUCUCUGUGCCUCUCAGAGGAGAGAGGAGAGUCCCGUGCACUCUCACCUGUCACCUCUGCUAGUUGUGCUGGUUGUUACACAGGGAGCAGAUGGGGCUGCCUGACUCAGCUCCAGCCUCACUCCUGACGUGAUGGUCCUCCCUCUCCAGCCUGCAGUGCUGAAGUGGGUCUGCAGGGUCACCUCAGGCUUCAGGGAAGUCUCUUCCUCCAGCAGGUUCUUGUCAUUUCAAGUGUCUGUUCUUCUGCCUUCCUGACAACCCUCCUCCCUUCUGUGUGUGCAUGGUGGGAGAGUUUUUGCCUCUUUGGCUGUGGGAUUAUUGCAGGCUGCCCUUAGAACCAGCCAUCCAACUCCUUCGCAGCCUGAAGUUACGUAGCCUUCUCAGCCCUCUGCAGCUCUGCCACAGGACGUCCUCUGCCUCAGCACAUCUUUUGCAGAUGAGACUCAAGUACAGAGAUUUGGUUUGCAGUCUUGUUAAGUGGGUUGGAGACCUCCUCUCAGCUCCAAAUUGCAUAUACUGCCAUGCACAGGACGCUGCCAUAACAUAAUUCCAAAUAAACCUAUUACCUUGAAAGUACAAAUAAACAGUUGCACAGCGAAAUUGCUGUUGAAAUGGCCCAAGGCAAAUGUCACUGGAAUUUGUUAAGGUGAAAUAUAAAAAUGUCCUUACAAAAGUGACUUGAUACUUGGGAGAACAAUCAGGCUGUGAGUCAUGUUCUAUGUGGAAGAGUAAAUGAUCAGCACUAUUUUUGUCUUUAUUUGUAAUCUACCAUGGUUAAGGGUAACCUUUCAUUUGCUACAAAUGUUGGGAUGUAAAUCCCGAGUGACUCGUUGUUAGCGUUGUGAUGGUUAUUCUAAAUAAUCCAAUUCUACCAAAGCUUGCUCCUGUCACAGUCCAAUUUAGAUGUUUCAGAUCUGUUUUCAGAUGUUGUUUUGUGUAUCAACUUUAUGUUUCCAUUAAAGUCUGUGAUUUCAGAA